UGCGCCAAAAACAGCACAUCAGAUAAAGCAAAAGGAAUAAUAACAUCGGUGGAACACAAUCAUGUUCAUAGCCAGAUAACCAUUAACAUCCCAGAUUAUUCUUCAGCUAAAAUAUCAGCUGCUUCUGCGGCCCAUCAGGAGGUUGUGGAUUAUACGCUAGGGGAGAAAGCAAUUCUUUGCCAACCCAACAACUGA